ACAGUUGUAAAACCGCUUUCGGAGCCGAGUGCCGAGCGGAGAACAGCGAUCGUGAAGGACCAAAACUGGAGACCCAGAGACGCUGGUGAAGCGGCCGUGAACCACUAAAACGGAGGGAGUGCCGCAGCCGUAAGGAAGGCUGUGAAGAUCGCAUAAGGAAUACAGAGCUGAUAAAAGUGACUGUGUUCUGGGAGCUAAACCGUUGAGCUACUACCGGUGCUACGGAAGAGCCUCACAGACUGUGACGUUGUGACCUGUGCCAUUCGUGGACGAGUCGUUUGCAAAAAACUGAAUCCUUUGAACGAACCACACUUUUUGAGAGAAUCAAAUCUUUUAAACAAUUCCUUUUCAGGAGUGAGUCAGGAAUUCAGAGAAGCAAAAUGGCAGACAACAAGCCAGAUCUGGAAAACCUACAGCGGAGACGGUCAAAUGAGCAGCGGAACCUGACAGCGCGUAUUAACCGCCUUAAUGUCUACGCUGGCCAUCUAUGUCAAGAUAAAUUGUCGGGAGAGUUGGCAGGAUUGAGGAGCGAUUAUGGUGUUUUCGUCGAUGCCUGCAAUGAAUAUAUCGAGGAACUGGGACAGAUAGACCCAACGGACGACAACUGUGAACUGAGCGACGCCCUGGCAAAGAGGGACGCCAUUGUGCAAAGGUACCGUGAGACUAUGGAAAUACUGUGGUUCAAGGAUGCUGCGCGGGAUAUAGACGCCCACGUGACAGAGUUCAAUUCGGCUUUCGAUCAGGUCGAGGCACUCGGGAGGAAAAAUGUAGUGCCGUGGAAUCAGCAAGAGGCCGAAAGAAGAACACUGGAUCGGAAACUCCAUAAACUCAGAGAUGCUGUGUAUGCUUGGAGAGACUAUCGGCCACACGGAAAAGAGAAAUGGACACUCCUUUUAAGAUUAGAAAAAAAAAAGGAGGAACUGAUGGAUGAGUGGGCAUGCCGCCGGGAUAACAAACGCAAUGACGAAGGCAGCAGUGAGAGAAGUGAGGAGGAAGAGGACAAAGGAAGCAAGCACACCAUUUUUACCAGACCAGUAACCCAUGCUAGUACUACCCCACCUGUGCACCCCCACUCUGCAAUCAGGCAGGGUACCAUGGAAACCGGAUGCCCCCCUCAGCAGCCUCAACAACCUAGUCAUGGACCCACUGUCAGUUUCGCUCGGCCACCAACCCUCACCAGCACACCACGGCCACCGAGGCUUCACACCGCCCCCGCCAACUCCAGUAUGGGACAAGAGAGCACAGUGCACGCCAGCAACUUUGGCGCGGACAGCUCCUUUGCCCAAACCACAGUAACAUUCAUGCCAGUAAGCUUGCCCAAAUUCUCUGGAGAGAGUAGAGACUAUUGGCCCUGGAAGGCCGAAUGGGAGAGUAUCCAGGCUCAGUUGGACCCCGCAGUACCACGGGAGAUCAAGAAGCUUCAGCUGUUGGAAAGCAUAAGUGAGCCUGUGAAAAAUGACCUCCGAUUAUGGUAUUGCAAGGACGUAAGCGGUGUCUUCAGAAAACUAGAGGACUGCUACGGCGAUAAAGCACUCACAGCAGAAGAAAUCAUAUUGGAAUUACAGUCAAGACCGAUUGUGAAAGAUCAUCAGCCACGUGAGAUGUUAGAGUUGAUCUUAGCAAUAGAGAGAGGAGUAAUGGACCUAAAAUACCUGGGGUGGGAAAAAGCUCUUAAUGACCCCAUACUGAUGUGGUCUUUAGAGCACAGUCUCCCUGACCGUAUGCAAAGCCUCUUUCAGGAAUGCGGCUCCAAGGAAGAUGCUCUCCCGGGAACCCGUAUCGAGAGGCUCUUGCUGUUCUUGCAAAGCCAAAGGCCUAUGCUUAGAAGAAAGGCGUCUUUGAAGCCAAAUCAGUCCAGCAAGCCAAACCCCACUCACACUCCUGAAAGCCCCAACUACCGCGAGAAGCCGGCUGAUUGGAGGAGAGAGAGGAAGUUGUUCACUAGGGCGACAGCAAGUAAGGUCAUAGCCCCCACAGGAGAUCACCACCAGAAACCAUGCGCCAUGUGCGGCGAGGAGGGACAUGAACUAUUCCGCUGUGAAACCUUUAGGAAAGCCUCCCCGUCAGAGAGAAAGACUCAAGUAGAAAAGGCAAAAGUAUGCAAAAAGUGCCUGGGUGACCACAGGGUCGACAGUACCUGCACUCCAAGGUUCCUCUGUAAAAAUGAGAGGUGUAAGAAAGAUGACGUCCCGGCAGACCACCACUAUUUUCUCUGCCCUAAGGGUGCCACAAAGAAGGGGAAACCUUGCGGUGCCACAGAGGAGCAGGAGGCUGCGCUCGCCCAGUUAGGAUUAACGCCCCGCCAGUUGGAAGAUGUCUGCAAACUCUUUACAAACAAGGCAGCAGUGAGAGUGUGUUCUGGCCGGGAUCCACUGGAGCCGGAUGAGUUACCAGAGUACCCUGUCCUCAUGAUGCUUGUGCACGUCACAACGAAGAGAGGAGACAGCAUCGGGGCCUUGAUUGACCUCGCCUCUGACACUAAUUACAUAACGCACCAAGCUGCAGAGAGACUCGGACUGACUGGCAAACCGGUCUCAAUUGCUUUGCAUGGAGUUAAUACAUUCAAAGAGAUAGUACCAACGAAAAGGUAUCUCCUAACAAUAAGAGUGGGGACCUCACGAGGGACUAUGAGGCUUCACCGAAUGGCCUGUUAUGGUUUGGAUACCAUUGCCAAAGUGGGCCAAGUAGUAACAUCAGAGGGCUUGGAGCAGUUUUUCCCCGGAGUUGAACCGGGGGAACUGGCUCGCCCAGAAAGCAUCGAUCUACUCGUCAGCGCUCGAGAAAGCCCCCUAUAUCCGGAUAAACUGCAAAGGGUCGGUGCCUUGGUGUUGUGGGACGGUCCCCUUGGCAAAACUGUGAGUGACUCAGCUGCCACAUGGAGUUCCUUCCUCCUUGUUGCCACCUCUCACCGGGGCUUUUUUUCAAAGCAAGGUCUGAUGGAGACCACACGGGGAGAGGGAAUCAAGGAAAACAUGUCCGACAAACACAAGCAACGACGGCUGAUGUAGCCUUUCAUCUGCCCCGAGCCAGCGCUGAGAACGUGGGAGGAGAAUUCAAAGCAGCUCUGGAAUCAGAGUCUCACCGCUCACUUAGCCUUUUCACAAACCUAAACUUGGACCGCGGCGGUGAAAUGUACGUUUGGUGUUUAUAACCUUUUUAUUGACGAGAGUAAAGACGUGGAUUCCUUUUGUCAGACACUGUUAAGAACGGGUCAAGCAGGUCAGUCCUGGACACAAGUGCCAGAGGAAAAGUCAUAGGAGGAGGAGGAGGAGGGGAAAGUGGGGGAAUCCCUGGUCCAAGAUGACUCCAUUUCCCUCCUAUUGUUCAUCAUCCUGAGCGUCUUCUUUCCAUUCGAGAAGCGUGAAGUAAUGACUCAAAACUCAAACAUCGGCCCCAGAGGAACUCCUCACUGGCAAAGAAUGUCCAAACGAGUUGCAGGGGCUUCUCAAACGCCAGCGCUGCUCGCUCUUAAAACAAUGCCUGAAAAAUCACACACAAAAACACACACACACAGACACACAGAGAUGGAGCUGGCUUGAUUUUCAGACACCAGCGGAACCGAGCCACGGUGGGAAACUGGAAUGAGGACUCUUAACAGUUUAAGGUUACACUUUGUGUUUUAAUAAGUUUGACUGGGAGCCAGAGGGGGGUUUAAUCCUAAUGGCCCCCGCAGCCUUGCACCGUGAUGUGCCUGGGUACGGUGAUUAGCUCGAGGUGGUGGUGGUGGUUUUGGGGGGAGGGGGGGCUGAGAUUUACAGAUGAACCCGAGGCGGCGCUGGGUUUCAGCUCCCCGCUGGUGUAAACUGUGGGUGGCAAGGAGAUAAAACAUGAGGCAGACUCUGCAUUGUUUACGCUGCCUGUUUGUGGUCAGCAUCCAUGCAGGGGCGUGUGUGUAGCAGCCCUUAUGUCUCUGCUUUGUUGCACUGGGAUGCUAACAACCCCUAUAACGAGGGAAUUAAUUAUAAUAAUCACAUUCAUUUAGAAAUAGAUGUAUUAUUAGUUGGCGUUUGCAUCUUCAUGCUUAGUAGCAGAGACCAGUUUUUUGUGUCAGGGUCAAGAGAAUGACGUAUGUAGAGAUUAGCCUUAGAAAGAUUAGCUGACGUUGUCGGCAAAAUGAUCUGCUAAUAAAGGUUUGAUUGUCGAUUAAUUGUCAGUUACGUUGUCGAGCAUCUUUUUCACACUGUGGUGCUGGACGAAAUCUCGCUUUCUGGGACUUACUCCACCGCUAACUCCGCUGCUAACUCGAUUUGUUAGCAUCCCUGCACGGCCAUUGUUCACACUGUCACUAACUAAUAGCUGCUAACUCCGCUGGUAACUAAGUUAUUAUUAACUCUCCUUCUAACUCCACUGUUUAAACCAUUGCUAAUGAAGUUGCUAACUCUGCCAUUGACUCUACUGCUAACUACUGUUUAAACUAUUGCUAAUGAAGCUGCUAACUCUGCCAUUGACUCUACUGCUAACUCUACUGUUUAAACCAUUGCUAAUGAAGUUGCUAACUCAGCAGGUAACAAUGCCAUUAACUCUAAUGCUAACUCUAUUGUUUAAACCAUUGCUAAUGAAGCUGCUAAUACUGCUCUUGCCGCUAACUCCCCUGCUAACUUACUUGCUUUUGUUUUCAUUACUUAGCUGCCUGGUGUAGAAUGAGAAGAAUGAUGACACGUCGCUUUUUUAAAAUGUUUUGCUGUCAUGACUGUCUGCCGUUUUAGCUUCUUUGUGUCCUCCAUUUUUACGACAAAACAAUAUAACGUCACUGUUCCUCUAUCUUCUUCGGAUGAGCAGAGAGGGCAUGAGUGCGAGCUAAUGUGCAUUCACAUCCACCUUGCAGGACAACGUCGUAAUAUCUGAUUAAAACAGUCUGAAAUGCCUCCAGGCAUUAUUAGUCCUUUAUUCAAUUUUGUCCUUUGUUUGUUUGUUCUUUAAUUUUGGGUAUGGGAAACCGUUAAAACAUGUAAGUUUUAAUAAAACAAGUGAAUGACCAUUGCAGUGUUUGCUGAGCACUGGCACAAAUGGCAUUGGCAGGAAGAUACGUCCACAUAACUUACGCAUCAGUGUCAACACGCUGUCAAACGCCAUAAAUUCCUUUUGUUAAAUCCCUUCGAGCGUCACAUCGACAACUACAAUUUGUCAGAUUUCUAAGAGGAAAUGUCUCCAAACUGGAGAAAUGUGUUGCGAGAGUGAGCUCCUCCAAAAGCAAACACGCUAAAACAAGCUAAAAAAAAUAAAAAAAUAGUGACAGCUACAUAUCUUCACGUAAAGAGACCACACAGCUUGGCAAAUGUGUGGUGGUCGUUUUUAAAAGCCAGCACUUGUCCUGGCUGACAUUUGGACUGAAAGCCUCGUGGUUAUUGUGUUGUUUCACACUGUUUAGCGUCGAUAGGGUGGAGGUGG